UGGCACACGCGGGCCGGCGGUGGUGCUGCGGACGCUACGCGCACCCUCGUUCGUCCAGCGUACUGGGAACAUCAAGAGAUGACUUUAGCCCAGAGAAGUUAGCCACCUGCUUGAAAGAUGCCCUGUUUGGUUACACAGCCUCUGCAGAUUUCAUAAUCUACAUUUUGGCCACUCAUUCUCACAAGCAAUGCCAGGCCAUCUGCAGACAUUAUCAUCUGCUGACUGCUCAGCAUCUGCAAACAGAUGUGAAUAAGCAAUUAGGUGGCUAUGUGUGUGAUGCAGCACUUAUGCUUCUUCAGGACAAAUGGGAAUUUAUUGCAAGGAACAUUCACUGUGAAAUGAAGAAAAAGUUUGCAGAUAUAGCCACCUUUAUAGAACUUCUGGGUGCGCAGAAUAAUUAUAACAUGCAAAAGAUCAAGGAGAUUUUCUACAAGAUGUAUAGGUGUGAACUAGAUGAUGCAGCAGAGAAGGAAGUGCACGGCCAUUUUCAGAAGAUAAUUGCUUUAUUGCUGAAGACAGACAGAGAUGAAUCAUUUAAAGUAGAUCAUCAGAAAGUUGAAGAAGAUGCCAAGGUUCUAAGAGCAGCUGGAGUUGGGAUUAAGUAUGCCUCAGAUGCAGCAGUAUUGUUCACCUUCCUUAAUAGUCGAAGCUACAGUCACCUUAAAAAAAUGUUUGAAGCAUAUCAUAGAUUAACUGGGAAGACCAUUCAAGAAAAAAUACAAAAUGAGUUUGUGACAGAAUGUUUCCAACAUGCCCUAGUGCUAUACGUGAACAUCAUAGAAGAUCCACUUGCCUUUUAUGCAGAAGAAAUAUACAAAUGUAUUCACAAUGAAGAGGAUCAAUAUGAGAAAUUAAUAAGAAUUUUUGUAUUGAGAUUAGAGGUUGACCUUGCAGACAUAAACAAUGUAUAUUUUCAUUUGUAUGGUGAAACUUUAGGAUCAGCUAUGACGAAAUUCGGGUCCGGUGGUUAUAACAUCCUAAAAUAUAUGUUAAGAGAAUUUACUUAG